AUGCACCAGACCAUCCAGCUGAACCCCGAGAGCCCGAAAAUGUCUGCGUGCAGUGACUUUGUGGAGCACAUCUGGAAGCCCGGGUCCUGCAAGAACUGCUUCUGCCUGCGGAGUGACCAUCAGCUGUCGCCCAGCUGUCCCCAGCCCAGAGCAGGCAGCCUGCCCCCUCCUCGCCUGCCGCCCAGGCCUGAGCACUGCCGCCUGGAAGAUGAAGGUGUGAACAGCUCGCCCUACUCCAAGCCCACCAUCGCCGUGAAGCCCACCAUGCUGAGCUCCGAUGCCUCUGAUGUGUGGACGGAUCAGAGUGCCGACGUCUCACAGAUCUGGAGACGGCCCCCCAGCAAGCUCCCCCUCCCGAAACAGGAAGAUGUGCCUGUGGUCUACCUGGGCAGCUUCCGUGGCGUCCAGAAGCCUGCCAGCCCCUCCGCCUCUGGGGAUGGCCACCCUCGCUGCCCACCGGCAUAUGCCAUGGUCGGCCUGCACAGUCCCGGGGCCCGGGGGGAACGAAGCACGGCCUUCCACCCACUGAGCUUCCCCGAAGAGAAGGCCGGGCGAGAAGAAAAACCCCCGUUUCCCUACCAGGAGCUGACCUCCACUCAGGAGAGUUUCCGCCAGAAACUGGCUGCCUUUGGCAGGAUGACAUCUGGCUGUCACAAGGGCCCUGGGCUCUACCCCUCUGCACAGCCCCUGCGGGAGUCCCUGCCCUCAGAGGAUGACAGCGAUCAAAGGUGCUCACCCUCCGGGGACAGUGAAGGGGGAGAAUAUUGCUCCAUCCUGGACUGUUGCCCCGGGAGCCCUGCUGCUAAAGACACCUCUCAGGCUGAGGGACCCCAGCUCAGACCUGGCGGAGGGGACUGCUCUCCACCCUGCUGGGAGCAGGGAAUGUGUGCGGGGCCCGCUGAGGAUAUGAAGCAGGUUUUGAGCCAAGGCCCCACUGAGAACCCGCCCCAUCUGGGCCCCAAGAAGCUGCCCCCUCCCUCCGAGGCCGCGGGUUCCUCGGAUGGGCUCUCGUGCGGGAGCACCAGCAGCGGUACCAGCAGCCCCCUCGCUCCCCACCUCGAGAGCGACUACUGCUCCCUCGUGAAGGGACCUGCGCCGGGGGAGCAGCAGCACUCUGGCUGCCACAUGGUGACCUCUAGCAGGGGCCUUGGCCUGCCUGGGGAGCCCCAGCCCCCAGCCCACCCCAGGGAGGCCGUGCAGCCCGAACCCAUCUAUGCUGAGAGCACCAAGAGGAAGAAGGCGGUGCCAGUGCCUUCCAGGCCGCAGGCCAAGGCAGAACAGGCAGCAGCUGCCCCCGGCCAGGGCCAGGGCCAGGGCCAGGUAAGGACGGCCAACACCUGGGCUCAGAAAACAGCGUCUGGCUGGGGCCGGGACAGGGAAGGCCUAGAUAUGGCUCCCAAGGUGGCGGCCACCAUCACAGUCAUGGCAGCCCACCCAAAAGAGGACCACCGGACAAUCUACCUGAGCAGCCCGGACUCCGCGGUGGGCGUGCAGUGGCCACGCCAGCCUGAGAGCCAGGACUCUGAGGCAGGCAGUGAGGAGGCUGCAGCUGGGCAGGGGAUGAGCUCCAGGGAGGGCCACCGUCACAAUGUGAAUGAGGACGUCUCCAAGUGGAGACCUGCCAUUCCUCCCAAGCUGUCCAGGAGUAGCCCCCGAGGGUCCCCGGUACCACCGUCCACCUCCCCGCAGUCCGACCUCAGCGAAGGGAGCUCAGUUGUCUGCAUGGGGCCCCAGCCCUCAUCCAGGCACCCCACUGACCCCGCUGCUUCCUGCUGGGCCAACGGUGUGGCCAGCCAUGACUCUGUCAAGUGUCCCCCACCUGCCACCACUGCAUCAGCCUUGGACCAGAGGCGGCCUCGGCACCAGACCGGGGCCUGGAGUCGUCAGUGCCGGAUAGAGGAAGAGGAGGAGGUGGAGCAGGACUUGUUGGGUCAAGGCUGGAGAAGAGAGAUGGAAAAUGGCACCACACACCCCUCAAACUCCUCUACCUGGCAUCAUCUCUGCCCCACAGACAGCUCCUCUAGGCAGAACGACAAAGCUGGGACUGGUAUGAGCAAAUCAGCCUCUUUUGCCUUUGAGUUCCCCAAGGACAGAAAUGGGAUUGAGGCCUUCUCACCUCCUCCGCCACCUCCGAAGUCAAGGCACCUUUUGAAAAUGAACAAGAGCAGCUCUGAUUUGGAGAAAGCGAGCCAGGGCUCCGCAGAGAGCCUCAGCCCGUCCUUCAGGAGCGCCCACGUGAGCUUCACCACGGGCUCCACGGACAGCCUGGCCUCGGACUCCAGGACCUGCAGCGAUGGAGGCCCAUCAUCUGAGCCAGCUCCCUCGCCCACCAACAGCGGGAAGAAGCUCUUCGCUCCUGUUCCAUUCCCUUCGGGCUCCACUGAGGACGUGUCCCCCAGCGGCCCUCUGCAGCCCCCGCCUCUUCCCCAGAAGAAGUUAGUGAGCCGGGCAGCCUCUUCACCAGAUGGCUUCUUCUGGACCCAGGGCUCGCCCAGACCAAGAGCAGCCAGUCCCAAGCUGAACCUCAGCCACUCAGAAAUCAGCGUCUGUGUGCGUGACGAGUCCCGCUUCGGCUUCUCCUCAAGCCACGGGAGCCGCCACCAUCAUACCUUCUCUUCUUCGGAGCCUCUGGAGAAAAAUUUCAAAGGCAAUGGCCACUGGGUCCCAGCACCAGGGCUGGCAGGCAGCAGAAGCGGCAGCGGGAGCCCCAGCCUCCAGUGCAAAGGGGUGCCUUCGGCCUCGUCCUCCCAGCUGAGCGUGGCCAGCCAGGCCUCCACCAGCAGCACCCAGCUUCAGCUCCACAGCCUCCUGAGCAGCAUCAGCAGCAAGGAGGGCACCUGCGCCAAGCUGGUGGGGCUCUACGCCCAGUCCCUGGUCCGCCUCGUGGCCAAGUGUGAGGACCUCUUCAUGGGCGGCCAGAAAAAGGAGCUGCACUUCAAUGAGAAUAACUGGUCGCUCUUCAAGCUGACCUGCAACAAGCCCUGUUGUGACUCCGGGGAUGCCAUUUACUACUGUGCCACCUGCUCCGAGGACCCUGGCAACACCUAUGCUGUGAAAAUCUGCAAGACGCCUGAGCCCAAAAUGGCCUCUUACUGCAGCCCGUCGGUGCCCGUGCACUUCAACAUCCAGCAGGACUGCGGCCACUUCGUGGCCUCGGUGCCCUCCAGCAUGCUCGCCUCUCCUGACGUGCCCAAGGACUCUCCCCCCCCUGCUCAGGAGCAAGACUGCGUGGUGGUCAUCACCCGAGAGGUGCCCCACCAGACUGCCUCUGACUUUGUGCGGGACUCCGCCAGCCACCAUCAGUCCGAGCCCGAGGCUUACGAGCGGCGCGUGUGCUUCCUGCUGCUGCAGCUCUGCAACGGGCUGGAGCACCUGAAGGAGCACAGGGUCAUCCACCGAGACCUGUGCCUGGAGAACCUGCUGCUGGUGCACUGCACCCCCCAGGCCUCCCCCGGUGCCCCUGUCUCCUCGGCCACCUCCAGCGCCCCUCCCUCCACCACAGCCCCUGCCGCUACUCCCUCCCCUUGCCCCUCUGCCACCUUCCCCGCCAGUGUCGCUCCCCACCCCCCAUCCGCCCCCACCUGUCAGGGGGUGCCCAGUGAGAAGCACCUGCCCCGCCUCAUUAUCAGCAACUUCCUGAAGGCCAAGCAGAAGCCGGGCGGCACCACCAACCUGCAGCAGAAGAAGAGCCAGGCCCGGCUGGCCCCCGAGAUCGUGUCUGCCUCCCAGUACAGCAAGUUCGAUGAGUUCCAGACCGGCAUCCUCAUCUACGAGCUGCUCCACCAGCCCAACCCGUUCGAGGUGCGGGCCCAGCUGUGGGAGCAGGACUACCGGCAGGAAGACCUGCCGCCCCUGCCCGCGCUGUCCCUCUACUCGCCCGGCCUGCAGCAGCUCGCCCACCUGCUGCUGGAGGCCGACCCGGUGAAGCGCAUCCGCAUCGGCGAGGCCAAGCGGGUGCUGCAGUGCCUGCUGUGGGGGCCCCGGCGCGAGCUGGUGGAGCCGCGGGGCCCCUCGGAGGAGGCGCUGAGCGGCACGCUGCGGAACUGGAUCGACAUGAAGCGCGCCCUGAUGAUGAUGAAGUUCGCCGAGAAGGCGGUGGACCGCAGGCGCGGGGUGGAGCUGGAGGACUGGCUGUGCUGCCAGUACCUGGCGUCCGCAGAGCCCGCGGCCCUCCUGCAGUCCCUCAAGCUCCUGCAGCUCCUGUGAUGCAGCCCGCCCCAGCCCCCAGCUCCCUGCGCCACCCUGUCCGCCGAGCCCUCCUGCCUCAGAAACCUCCCGCCUCCCUGGGAAAUGGU